AUGAAUGCCCCAAUUCAGAUGCUGCUUCUGGUGGUUUGGGGAGUUCUGAUUCUGAAACAAGCCGAGUGCCGCAAGGAUCCAAGAAUAUUAGACCCUGUUGAGUACUCAGCCAUCAGCUGCAGAAAUCACAGUGCAUCAAUAGUGGAUUUUGGUGGUGUUGGAGAUGGGAAAACACUCAAUACAAAGGCCUUUCAGGCCGCAAUUACUCACCUGAGCCGAUAUGCAUCGGAUGGCGGGGCUCAGCUGCUUGUCCCUGCUGGUAAAUGGCUCACAGGGAGCUUCAAUCUCACCAGCCAUUUCACUCUCUACCUGCAUAAGGAUGCAAUUCUUCUUGCUUCUCAGGACAUAAAGCAGUGGCCUGUGGUAGAUCCUCUACCAUCAUACGGGCGAGGAAGGGAUGCAGCAGGGGGAAGGUACAUCAGUCUUAUAUUCGGAUCUAAUCUUACUGAUGUUGUUAUCACAGGGGAGAAUGGUACUAUUGAUGGUCAGGGAGCUGUGUGGUGGCAGCAGUUUCACAAGAAAAAGCUACAAUACACAAGGCCAUAUCUAAUUGAAAUUAUGCACUCAGAUAAUAUACAGAUAUCCAAUCUAACACUUAUCAACUCUCCUUCAUGGAAUGUUCAUCCUGUAUACAGCAGCAAUAUAAUUAUUCAAGGGAUUACAAUUCUAGCACCAGUAAGGUCCCCAAACACAGAUGGAAUCAAUCCAGAUUCUUGCACAAACACAAGAAUAGAGGAUACUUACAUAGUCUCUGGCGACGACUGCGUGGCAAUCAAAAGCGGAUGGGAUGAGUAUGGCAUAAAGUAUGGUAUGCCCACAAAACACAUGAUAAUCCGACGUCUCACCUGUAUUUCACCAUACAGCGCUGCCAUAGCAUUAGGGAGUGAAAUGUCAGGUGGAAUUCAGGAUGUCCGAGCACAAGACAUAACAGCCAUUCGGACAGAGUCGGGAGUUCGAAUCAAGACAGCAGUAGGGAGGGGAGGCUAUGUCAAGGACAUAUACGUAAAAGGCAUGAAUCUGCAUACUAUGAAAUGGGCUUUCUGGAUUACUGGAAACUACGGCUCCCACGCUGACAGUCACUACGAUCCAAACGCCUUACCAGUGAUCAAAGGCAUCAAUUACAGAGACGUGGUGGCAGAGAAUGUAUCAAUGGCUGGUAGGCUGGAGGGGAUCUCAGGUGACCCCUUCACUGGCAUUUGCAUGUCUAAUGUGACAAUUGGAAUGGCGAAGAAAACCAAGAAGGCCCCCUGGACUUGCAGUGAGGUCGAGGGUAAGUCAAGCGGGGUUGUGCCACCACCAUGCAACCUGCUGCCCAACACAGGAAAAGGGAAAAUGAACAUGUGUGAAUUUCCCUCAGACAGUUUAGAUAUCGAAAACAUAGAGAUGCAAAAAUGCUCUCACAGGAAGACAUAUAUAUAAUACCAGCAAGAUUGCAGGCAAUUGUGGUUUAUUAGAAAAAUAGCAUCUCUUUGUAACUGUGUUGUGCCAUUUGGACUACACUUGCUCCAAAAAUUUCACUCAGUUUAUGCUCAACAUCAGCACUUUCACUUA